AUGAACGGUCGCAGGCUCCCCAGCGCGCUGUUGCGCAUAUGCCUGAUAAUUUUCCUAUGCGGAGCAGAGAUAGUUAUCGCACAGGGAGAUGGGACAAGCAAUAACAGAUUCAUCAAUCCGCCGGCCGCCAAUUCGGCUGAAAAUCCCGUCUGGGUCCUUGGGGAGGAGCAGGUGGUCUCCUGGAUGACUACCUGGACGACGUUCAACAUAUCUCUCUGGCAUCAGUCUCUUGGCAAGCAAACAGCAGUUAGCGUGGGUAAUAUCUAUACCCAGAUUGAGGACAUUGGGGUCACAAAUUUUACCUGGAAGGUACAGACAUACGGCGCUAGCAUUGAAGACUCACCAAUCUUCUUUUUCUGGAUAAACGCCAAUCCCACAAGCCCCGGAUUCAGACUCACAUCGAAUUACUUCAAUAUAACCGACAAACCACGUGCCUCGAGUACUUCGACUUCAUUUACAGCAACUUCUACAUCCGAACCGAUGUCAACAAGCUCAUCAACAACAAGCACCACAUCAUCUGCUCCGACCGAGACCUCCCAAGCAUCCUCGUCCUCUAAGUCCGGCCUCGAUCCAUCUGCUAAAGUAGGACUUGGUGUUGGUGUUGGCAUUGGGGUUCCAGCUAUUGCGCUGCUUGCGGUGCUCACUUAUCUUAAAUAUCGCCAGUCUCGGUCGCGAAGGAGGGCAAUUCCGCCUAUGGAACCAACAUUUGCGCAGAUGCAACAACCAUGGACCCAGCCCCCUGCCCCGCAACCACCGAAAGAAUUGCCUGGAAGCCAGGUCACCGAAUGGCGUUCGGAAUUACCGGACCAUUCAUACUAG